CGCAAAUCUGCGCAAAAUGAACGCAAUUCUGUAUGCCAUCUGUCAAGUCAAAAUACCUUCAUAACCUCAAAUAUUUAAUAUUUGUUAUUUUCCCUUUUUUUUUCUGUUCAACUUUCAUCAUGUCGUGGUCAAAAGAACAGGUGAUUUGUCUCAUUGACGAAUAUAGAAAGUACCCCUGCCUAUAUGCAGUCAAGUCUAAAUUAUAUUCAAAUAAACAUGCCCGACAAGAGGCGUUCGAAAAAAUCGAAUCAGCACUGAAAUCCCUUAGGUCAUCAGUAACAGUGAUGGAGAUUAAAGUUAAGCUUGCAGGUUUGAGGGCUACUUACAUAUCAGAGUAUAAGAAACAUGUAAACAGUUUGAAAAGUGGUCAAGGAUCUGAUGAUGUAUACUUUCCAAGUUUGUGGUACUUCAAACAUUUACAUUUUAUCAAUGACCAUAUUGAAGUUAGGCAGUCCAUCGACUCUGUAAAUCUUCAUGAAUCAACUGUAGAUGAAGUGGAAUAUGAGGUGAUAGAUGAGGGGUACAGAAUAGAAGAAGCUGAAAAUGAUUCCAAUAUAGAUAGCAUUGAUACAAAACAAAAGCAGUCUGAAAGCACUUCAGAUCUACCAAAGUCAGUGUAUAGUUGUGCAUCAGCAAAGGCUCCAAAACAUAAAAAGAAGAAAUCCAAUGACCAUGAUUAUAUAGUUGAAGAAGCUUCCAAUACUUUGAAGACUAUAAGCAAAACUCUUCAGGAAGUUAAUAAUUUGGGAACAGGAUCUGCAUCAAAAGACGAACAAACUGAUAUUUAUUCUGAGGAUAGAGCCUUGGCAAAUUUUAUUGUUUCAAAACUCCAUAAAAUUGAAUAUCCAGACAUUAGGUUACAGCUGGAAGAAACAAUAACAAUGGAACUAUUUUCAGCAAUAAAAGACUGUAGGAAGAGGAGACUUGAUGAAUUUUGA